AUGGUCUUUUGGGGAAACGGCCGUUUGCAACUAAAAAUGCAAAAAAUGAAACUGAAUCGCAAAAGAAGAGUAAUUUUAUUAGCGUCUCUCUAUCAAUCCUUUGAUCUAUUUGGUAGCAAUGCAAGUGCACUUGUUGUACGGCUCGGAAGAGAAGGUGAAUCUGACUCUUUUCGACAAGGUUGCAGAACUUUCUUUCUUUCUUUCUUUCUUUCUUUCUUUCUUUCUUUCUUUCUUUCUCCUUACCCACUUUAUUUUCCUUUCUCUUUUACUCUUUCUCAUUCUUUUUGUUUCGUUCACUCUUUCACGUUUUCUUUCUUUCUUUCUUUCCCGACCUCCUUUAUUUUCCUUUCUAUUUUUCUCUUUCUCAUUGUUUCUGUUUCAUUCACCCUUUCUUUCUUUCUUUCUUUCUUUUUGAUUUUCGCUUUCUCUUUGCAUCUAGCACUUUCAUAUUCUUUCAAUAGUACGGAAAAACUAACGUUCUUUCUUUCUUUCUGUCUGUUCUUUCUUUCUUUCUUUCUUUCUUUCUUUCUUUUUGUCUGUCUGUCUGCUGCAGGGUGGCGGAUAGCAAUCUUUCUUUCUUUAUUUCUUUUUUCUCUAAUUUGUUAUUCUUUCUAUUUUAGGCGGAUACCAAUCUUUCUUUCUUUCUUUCUUUCUUCCUUCUCUCAUUUAUUAUACUUUCUAUGUUGGGCCGAUAACAUUCAUUAUUUCUUUUUUCUUCUCUUUAUUAUUCUUUAUAUCUUUCUUUUUUUUUCUUUCUUUUUCUCAUUUCUUUCUUUCUUCGCUAAUUUUUCAUUCUUUCUAUUUUGGGCCGAUAGCAAUAUAUCUUUCUUUUUUUUUUUCUUUUUCUCUCAUUUCUUUCUUUCUUCUUCUAAUUUUUUCAUUCUUUUCUAUUUUGGGCCGAUAGCAAUCUUUCUUUCUUUUUUCUUUCGUUCUUUUAUUAUUCUUUCAAAUUUGCGUAGAUAUCUUUCUUUUUUCUUUCUUUUUCUCUCAUUUCUUUCUUUCUUCGCUAAUUUUUCAUUCUUUCUAUUUUAG